AUGUCGUGGGGAGGUUUUAAGAAGUCGAUAAACCGUGCGGGCACGCAGCUUAUGCAAAAAACGGGCCAGUUGGAGCGCUCGGAAGAUGUGCGGUUCAAAGAAGAGGAGAAAAAAUACCGCGAGUUUGAGAAACACGCUACAGCGCUGCUAAAGUGUUCGCGUGAGUAUCUCGACUCGAUCCGCUUGAUGGCAGCAUCGCAAGCACGCAUAGGAGACACGAUCGAGGGGUUCUAUUCAGAUUCAUCUGAGGCCGCUAUGGUUGCCAGCACGUAUAAACGCGCAGUGGAGGAGCUGGAUGCGAGGACGGCGAAAGAGCUGGACGUUCCGUACCGUGCCACUGUGCUCGACCCUAUUGGAAAGCUGUGCAGCUAUUUCCCGGAAGUGAACAAAGUGAUUGAAAAGCGUGGCCGCAAGCUGCUCGACUACGACGCGUACCGUUCCAAGUACAAGAAGCUCGCCGAUAAGCCCAGCGACGAUGCGUCGAAACUUCCACGCGCCGAUCGCGAAUACAACGAGGCCAAGCUCGUGUUUGAAGCGCUAGACCACCAACUGAUGAUUGAGCUGCCGCAACUUGUGGAUAUGCGUGUGCCGUACUUGGAUCCCUCGCUGGAGAUGAUGGUACGAACGCAAGUCAAGUUUGCACAAGAAGGCUACGAGCAACUCGGUAGCGUCCAGCGCUACUUCCCCGAUCCAAUCCGCGAUCAAUACGCUGCUGGACAGCUGGACACGCAAGUAGAGGGUGUCUUGCAAGAGAUGCGUGGUUUGUCCAUCUGCGGCGGUGCUGCUCCGUAG